AUGCGGGCCAAGGAGAAGAAGAUCCGCAAGCUGACCGCCAAGCUGGCCAAGAAGAAGAUGGAAGGCCGCGAGGUUCCGGUGGGGGCCGGACCGGAGUGGGUGCUGGACGUGAUGGUGCCGGAGUGCGUCGGCUGCCACGCGCAGUUCACCCUCAUCAAACGCCGACACCACUGUCGCAACUGCGGCAAGGUGUUCUGUGGGAAAUGCACAUCGCUCUCGUGCAGCAUCGAGGAGCUGGGCUACACGGAGCCCGUGCGCGUGUGCGAACCCUGCUUCGCGGCCCUCCACACCAACCAGCCCAUGGCCGCCGCCGCUGGGGGCUCGGGCGCUGCCGCCCAACAACAGCCGCCACCUCGCGCGGAUACCGGCGGCGGACAGUGA